UCGCUUCAGUUUUAGCGCGAGUUUUUAGACGGAUUAGCCGAUUAGCAAGCGGCACUACUGUUCUCAAAACAAGAUUUUUACGGUCAUGGAGACGCCUCAGAGUGUUGAGGACGUAAAAUUAUCUGAAAAAGAGGCAAACAAAAGGAAAAUAUCCAGAGAUGUUGAGAUGGACAUUGAAUAUCUGUAUGAAGUUGUACCACAGCUCUCCAGAGUUUUCCAAAUUACUGACAAAAUUGGAGAAGGUACGUUCAGUUCCGUGUAUCUCGGAGAAGCUCAGACGAGCGACGGGACGAGAGAGAAGUUUGCGCUGAAGCACCUGAUCCCUACGAGUCACCCGGUGCGGAUCGCCGCAGAGCUCCAGUGUUUGACCGUCGCCGGGGGUAAAGAAAACGUGAUGGGAGUGACGUACUGCUUCAGGAAGGACCACCACGUGGUGAUCGUCAUGCCCUACGUAGAGCACCAGGCCUUUGUGGAUAUCGUUGAGACGCUGAGCUUCGAGGAGGUGCGUCAGUACAUUUAUCAUCUACUCAGAGCCUUGAAGCAUAUACACGAGUUCGGGAUCAUCCACCGGGACAUCAAGCCGACCAAUUUCCUGUACAACCGGCGAGAGAAAAAGUACGCGCUGGUGGAUUUUGGCCUGGCUCAGGGAACACCUGACACCCAGAUCGAGCUGUUAAAGGUUGUGAAAGCUCAAAAGGAAUCACACGGGAAACAGGCACUGAUUCCUUUACCACCUCACACGUCCACAAAAGCACUGCCGGCGAAAAGGCCGUGUCCAAACCCGCGCACAAAACACAGCAAGGAGCUGAUGGAACUUUGUAAAACGCCUCGUUCCGUGUUCUGCGAGAGAAACCUCAACAGCAUAAACCCUGCUAAGACUCCGACCGAGAAAACCCAAGGACACGUGAUAAAACCUACAAAGACAGACGACGUCAUCGCACGCAAGUUUGUCUCGACGAAACGCCGCCCCGUUCCUGCGCGGGCACCGGGGACGAACCAGAAGACGAAACCUGUGACGCUUAACCUGUCUCUUACCUGUAACUGCUACAUGACCGACCGUGUCUGUAACAUCUGUCUGUCCAGGAAGCAGCAGGUGGCUCCGAGAGCAGGAACGCCGGGAUUCAGGGCUCCUGAAGUUCUCACCAAGUGCCCUGACCAAGGAACCGCUAUCGAUGUGUGGUCGGCCGGCGUCAUCCUGCUCUCCCUCCUGAGCGGUAGGUAUCCGUUUUUCAAAGCCAACGACGACCUGAUGGCCCUGACUCAGAUCAUGACUAUCCUCGGUUCGAGAGAAACCAUUCAGGCAGCUAAGAAAUUUGGCAAGGCGGUGGUGUGUAGCCGCGAGCUUCCCCGACUCAACCUGAGGAUUCUGUGCGAGACUCUGAGAGGCGUGCGGCACUGUGGGGACGACUCGCUGCCGGCAGAGUUCCGGGCGUCGCGUCACCCUGCGGACGUUAAAAAAGCGCAGCCUGUCGGCCGAGCGGAGAAACGGAGCAGCGUGGGUAAUAACGGCGCAGAAUCGCACGCCGUAGGAUGGGACAGAGUUCCUGAUGAUAUUUACGACCUUCUGGACAAACUGUUGGAUGUGAACCCUGCGACGAGAAUCACUGCAGCUACGGCACUGCAGCACCCGGUGUUUAAAGAUCUCCGGGAUUAAUACGUAUUUAUCCAACAGGUAGUAAUCCUCAGUGUGCUGGAGUUCUGUUUGUGUGAUUGUAUACAUGUUAGUUUUGUAAUAUAGUGUACUAUAUAGUAUACAUGGCGUAUAUUUAUUCGUCCGGUGUGACGUUGAGUUUUCCGAGAGUUCGGCCCAGUGGGUGCAUUACUUUUCAUUACAAUAAUAUUUUAAUAAACAUCUUAAGAACGUCUCCAUUAGUACGUUUUGAUAUUUUCCUUAAAUACUAAGGAACGGCCAGUUAACGAUCCAGGGACUGUUCGAUGCGAUACGACUCUGAAUCCCUUCCAUGUGAUUCAGUAACAAUUCAAUAAAAUAUGAUUCCAUAAUUAUCCAGUAAUGUUUUAGCUUUUAUUUUUAAAUACAAAAGGAUACCUGAUUAAUGAUUUCAAUAUGAUACAGAAUCGUUUUGAUGCGAUUUAGAAUUAUAGUGCGGUGAUGUAUUGACCGAAUCGUUUCUCGUGAUUCGUUGACGAUUCAACAAGUUAUGAUUCAAUGUAGUACAGGAAUGUGAUGACCUUUUUGCAAAAUAUUAAAGUAUUCCUGAUUAACGAUU